AUGACUAAAAAAGUUGUUUGUUGUAGUGCUUUUAGCAUAUUUUUAUUUUGUUCUGCUGUCAUUUAUCUAAAUAACAAGACGCCAAAGCAAAAAAGUGUUCCAAUAUCAUGUAAAGUUAAUGGCGUUGGAGGAAAGUGCAUUAAAAGGGAAAAGUGUUGUGAUUUAAAUUCAAGAAUUGAUGUGAGAAUUUCCCAAGAUGAUGUUUCUUCGUGUGGCUCUGAUGACAAUUUGAUUUGCUGUUUGAAACUAUCUGAUAAUGAAAGUGAUUCUAGUCAGAAUUCACUGAAGAAAUCUUCAGCAAUUGACGUUUCACUUAAUGUCACUUCGAAGGAAAAAACGAUAACGAUGAUUGCCCAAGAAAAAAAUGAUCUUGAUCGAAUUGAAAUGAAGGAACUGAUACCUUUAAAAAGCCCACACAACAUCACCAAUAAAUUGAAAACUUAUAAUGAAUCAAACAAAUUACCUUCAUCCAAGAGAAAAAAAUUUACAAAUCACAAAAAAUGUGGAAUUAAAAUUCAAAAAAGAAUCUUCGGAGGCACAAAAGCUUAUGAAGGUGAAUUUCCAUUCUAUGCUGCUUUAAAGUAUAAAGGCAAAAAAACGCCUUUUAGAAUUAUGUGCGGUGGAAGUUUAAUUUCUGGUUUUCAUGAAGGUUUAUUUGAUUUUUUGUUAGACUUGUAUGUCCUUACUGCAGCACACUGCAUUACUGAUAGUUUAAUUGGAGUGAGAUUUGGCGAACAUGACAGCUCCAAGAAUAUUGAUUGCAAUGGUUGUAAGCCACCAAUUGAUGUUGGUAUCGAGAAAACCAUUAUUCAUGCCAAGUUCUCGAAUAUUUCUAUCAUCAACGACAUUGCAUUGAUACGGUUGAACACUUCUGUAAAGUUUUCUCCUGCUGUCAAUCCAAUUUGUCUUCCAGUGACAAAAAAAGAUCGUCUGAAAUCAUCUUUCAAUAAAACAUUCACCGUGAUGGGAUUUGGCACAACUGAAUCUGGUUUUAAGUCAAACAUAAUGCUGAAGACAAACGUUUCAUUUAUAAAGAAUGAAGAAUGUGAUAAAACUUAUGAGAAAAUAGAAAGAAUCAAAAAGAUUUCCAAAGGACAAAUAUGUGCUGGUGAUGAAGGGAUAAACGAUUCAUGCAAAGGUGACAGUGGCGGUCCUUUAAUCAGUGAAAUAGAAAUUGAUAAAACAGGAAAAGUUAAAAUAUUUCAAUAUGGAAUUGUUUCGUUUGGAGUAAGUUGUGGAACUCAUCCCGCUGUUUACACGAAAGUUAGUCAUUACAUUAACUGGAUAAGUGACAACAUGGAAUUGUGAAUGAAUGAAGAUAUUUCUGGAAAUGAUUUUUUAAAAGCACUUAUUUACAUGUAAAUAUUCUAAGAACUUUUGUAUGUGUUUAGAUAAAAAUUUUUAAUGUUUAGACUGUUAGUCAUUCUUCGCAAUUUUAUGAGAAACUUUCAUUCAAGA